AUGGAACAAUAUUGUUUGUUGGUUGUCCCACUUCUUGUCCAUGUUGCUAAAGAGAAAAUCGUUGUGGAGUUGCAAGAUUUUUUCCAAAGAUUCACAUACAACACUACGUCUCUUUUAGCGACCGAGUAUGAUCCAGGUUGUUUUUCAGUUGAAAUGCCAGAAAUCGAGUUUGCGAGAGCUUUAGAUGAUGCUGAGGAAGCGGUCUUCUUUAGACAUGUCAAGCCAGAGUGGGUGUGGAAGAUGCAAAGAUUUAUUGUAUACCAUUUAUAA